UACUAAAAAAUUGGACACUCUCUCACACAAAAUUUCGAUAUCUUCCCCUCUCCCUUUGUAGCGGCUAACACUUUCGUCUCCCUCCCUCCCAGCUUCUUCUUCCCCGGCGACGCCUGGCAGCAACUUCCGGCGAACUAGCCACUCGAAACCCUUGCUUCGACGACGACGACCAUAAUUUACCAGCUCACUCUUCCCUUCUCCCAACGUUGCCCUCUACUUGUCCUGCUUGAAAUUCAUCUCUAGUUUUCUUUUCCUUUGCCUUCUCCUCAAGAUCUCCCUCUGCCCUCUCUUCUCUUUCUAAACAGAUAACAAUAGGUUGCAGAAAGUUUAUAUCUUGCUAGUAUGAGGCGGUGUUACCAUUGAAAUAUUUUCUGUUUGUCUUCAAGUCUUAUUUUAUUGUGGAGAAAAUGCUUGGCUCAUUUGGACCAAUCUUGACUCUUCCAGCUCCUUCUGAGGAUUCAAAACCUACGGUUCAGGAUGUGCAGGAUGAAAUUAUUAAUAACAAUGAAGUGGAUAAAGACAACACCAACUCUGCACCUACAUCAGUUGCAACUCAUACUAAAACUAUUGGUAUCAUACAUCCUCCUCCAGACAUCAGAAGCAUUGUUGAUAAAACUUCACAAUUUGUUGCAAAAAAUGGACCAGAAUUUGAGAAAAGGAUUAUUGCAAAUAAUGCUGGUAAUGUCAAGUUCAAUUUCUUGAACCCUUCAGAUCCCUACCAUGGUUACUAUCAGCAUAGGUUGUCUGAGUUUCGUGCCCAGAAUCAAUCAUCUGCACAGCAGCCUUCACAAGGUGCAGAUUCCGUUGCACCAGCAUCAGCCCCAUCUGGUCCAACUGCUGACAACAAUGAAACAAUAGCAGCAAAACCUGAUGUUUCUGCUUUGUUCAAACCCGUGCGCAAAGUACUUGAGCCCCCAGAGGCUGAGCAGUACACUGUUCGUCUUCCUGAAGGGAUUACAGGGGAAGAAUUGGAUAUUAUCAAGCUCACAGCCCAAUUUGUUGCUCGAAAUGGGAAAUCAUUCUUGACAGGAUUGACGAGUAGAGAGAUUAACAAUCCUCAAUUUCAUUUUCUGAAACCUACGCAUAGUAUGUUCAUGUUUUUUACCUCCCUAGCGGAUGCAUAUUCUAAAGUGUUGAUGCCCCCCAAGGGGUUGACUGAGAAGUUGAAGAAGAAUGUUACUGACAUGACAACAGUGCUUGAGAGAUGUGUGCAUAGACUUGAAUGGGAACGUUCACAAGAGCAGGCAAGGCAAAAAGCCGAAGAUGAGAUUGAGCAGGAAAGGAUACAAAUGGCUAUGAUUGAUUGGCAUGAUUUUGUUGUAGUUGAGGCAAUAGACUUUGCAGAUGACGAGGAUGAAGAUUUGCCUCCACCAAUGACUCUUGAGGAGGUAAUUAGAAGAAGCAAGAUUUCUGUCGCUGAGGAAGAGAUUGUUGAGCCUGGGAAGGAGAUGGAAAUGGAUAUGGAUGAAGAAGAGAUGCAACUUGUUGAAGAGGGUAUGCGGGCUGCUAGGUUAGGAGAAAACGACAAUGACAAGAAUGAUAUGAAGGUAGAUGAGGAGCCAGAGCCACCAAUGAGGAUCGUUAAGAACUGGAAGAGACCUGAAGAGAGAGUUCCUGCAGAAAGAGAUCAUACAAAAUUUGUUGUUUCUCCAAUCACAGGUGAACUAAUUCCAAUUAAUGAGAUGUCUGAACAUAUGAGGAUUUCACUUAUUGAUCCGAAGUACAAAGAGCAAAAGGAAAGAAUGUUUGCCAAGAUACGGGAGACUACUCUUGCUCAGGAUGAUGAGAUCUCACGAAAUAUAGUUGGACUGGCACGACUUCGUCCUGAUAUAUUUGGUACCACUGAGGAGGAAGUAUCAAAUGCUGUCAAGGCAGAGAUUGAAAAGAAGAAAGAAGAUCAACCGAAGCAGGUCAUAUGGGAUGGCCAUACUGGAAGCAUUGGCCGUACAGCAAAUCAAGCUAUGUCACAGAAUCUUGAGGAUCAGAAUGAUGCUACUAACAAUGAUGCAAGGAACCUCCCAGGCCCUGCAGCCUUGCCACCGAAACCUGGAGUGCCUUCAGUUCGUCCUCUCCCGCCUCCACCUGGACUAGCCCUGAAUCUUCCUUCCCUACCUAUGAAUGCACACUAUUCUACCCCAAUUAGUGGUGGGCUUCCUAUACCCCCACCACAACCGCCUGUCAUCUCAAUGAUUCCUUCUGUUCAGCCACCACCUCCUGCAAUGCCUGGACAACAAUCAUUUUUCAUGAAUCGGCCUCCUUCUAUGCCUCCACAAAUGUCUAUGAAUGCACCAAAUAUGAGUGUCCCACCCCCACCGGGAUCUCAGUUUACUCACAUGCAAGUUCCACGGCCUUUUGUUCCUCUCCCUGCCCCCCCACCUAUGAAUACUAUGAUACCUCCUCCACCUAUGCCACAAGGAGUUCCUCCACCACCUAUGCCCCAAGGAUUGAUGCCUCCCUUACCACCUGACGAAGCUCCUCCUCCGCUUCCAGAUGAACCAGAACCAAAGAGACAGAAGCUUGAUGAUUCUUUGCUUAUGCCGGAAGACCAGUUUUUGGCACAACAUCCUGGACCUGUCCGUAUCACUGUAUCUGUUCCCAAUCUUGAUGAUGGAAAUCUCAAAGGUCAAGUCCUGGAGAUUACUGUCCAGUCCCUCACUGAAACGGUUGGAAGUUUAAAAGAGAAGAUUGCCGGUGAGAUCCAGCUUCCAGCAAACAAACAGAAGUUGAGUGGAAAACCCGGCUUCCUCAAGGACAAUAUGUCGCUUGCUUAUUACAACGUUGGAGCAGGUGAAGGACUUUCCCUCUCUUUAAGGGAACGUGGUGGUAGAAAGAGAUGAACAAAUCCUUGUUGCAUACUAGUUGAGGUUUAAAUUUAGACUUUCCUUGUAAUGUUGAGGCAUACUGUUAUAUGUUCAAAUUGAUGUCAUAUUCAUCUGGAUUCAACUUCCCUCACUCCUUCUCACAACGAGACUGUAAAAUUGCUUUCUAACUGUAUUCUUAUUAGGAAAUGAGAUUAUGAAAUUUAUGUCAGAAUUUUGAGGAUUUGAUUGUGUCCAUUUAGGUUGUUAAUCACAGCCCUAAGAGUGGAGGUAAACUCAAACGUUAAUUCACUCGUCUGUUAAUUAGUGAUGAAUAUUUGUUUGUUACUUA